CAUUGUUCCUGGAUUUUGUCAAUUUUGUCGAUAAAAUGAACUAAAUCUAUGCUUCCUGGAGUGUUCAACGACUCCAAUUUUGCCAGAAGAGAUGGAUGAAUUCCAGGGCAUCCAAAAGGACCUGAAGCUAUUGGAGGUUCAAUGCCGAUCUCUGUCCGAACGCCGGUUUUUAGCAUUGGUGCAUGAGGAUUGGCUAAGAUGCAUGAAGACCAGAGGCAAAGGAGGAGUCACUGUCCCUGUCCACCCAAGUAUUGACAGUGAUGAUAUUGAGGCAUACCUGGCACUUUCUUGUAAAGUCGUCCCCAAGCCAUGGUCUAGAAUCACCAUCAAAGUCAUCAAGAAGGAAGACAAGCUGUUGUCAUGUCCAUGUGGCAAGCCCAAGCCUACCAUUGACCCUGAGAUGGGUUAUAUUGACCUGAUGUCUACUCUUAGUAAGGAAAACUACAAGAAUAGCUGGGCUGAGAGUCACAAGAAUUACAACUGUCACUACAGAGAAGAGACAAUGGCCACACAACAAAAGCCCUACAAUGAUGUCAUUAGAGAAAGCCUCGCCACUUUUUUUAAAUACCAGCCACAAGCCUUGGGACGCCAGCUUUCUGGACCAAGUCACUAUACCUUCUAUCCAAAACCUGUCGACAGUGCUAGUGUCUUAUCUGCAAUAGCACUUUUCGAGUCCGAGACUGCAUUUUAUGUCCUCCAGCCAUAUGUCACCUACACACUGCAUGACCUCCUCACAUUCAGUCCUGCCAUUUUGGAAAAAUCCUACGCCAAACCGUCGUUUAUUCUGUACCAAGUACUUCAGUUGAUAAAGUUAUGUUUAGAAAGUGGACGGUCGAUUCGAAAAUUGCAACUCCAUGACUUACUUAUUGAUGACAAACUCUGGGUGUCACUGGCCCUCCCUAGUGUUAGAAGUAUACUCCAGCAGUGCCCUGUGAUAGAAAAUGCAACAGAAAGUUCUCAAAAUAAUAGUAUUCGAUUGUCCCCAGCAAAUGAGACCACGGCAAAUGUAACAUCGCUUACUCCAGAGUUUCCACUCACAGAAAAUAUACCGGAUUUAGUACAGGACUGGGUUCAUGGUAGCUUGUCAAACUAUCAGUACUUAAUGACUCUAAACCGCUUGGCUGGUAGGAGAAUUGCUGAUCCAAACCAUCACCCCGUUCUUCCGUGGGUCACAGAUUUCACACGGCUGGGGGGUAAUCUCCGGGACCUGACAUUGUCUAAGUUCCGUUUAAACAAAGGUGACAGCCAAUUAGACAUUACGUACGAUGUUGAUGGUUCGAUGUUAAAUUCUGGAGAAGGAAUUCCUCACAUUCCACACCACAUAUCCGAUGUCUUAUCCGACAUCACCUACUACGUUUACAAAGCUCGGCGGACAUCAAAAAACAUUCUUUGCACGCAUGUGAGAAAAAAAUGGGUACCACACGAAUAUCCAACGAAUAUGGUGCGGAUGUAUGGGUGGACGCCCGAUGAAUGCAUCCCAGAGUUCUUCACAGAUGCCACCAUUUUCUUUUCUAUCCAUGAUGAUCUACCGAACCUGGAAGUUCCAAUGUGGUGCACCUCCCCAGAGGAUUUCAUUCGGGAACAUAUGAAAGUCUUAGAAAGUGCUGAGGUUUCGGAGAAGUUGCAUCACUGGAUUGAUCUUACCUUUGGUUGCAAGCUGAGUGGUACAUCGGCAGUAAAGGCUAAGAACGUCUGUCUCCAGUUGGUCGACCAGCAUACUGACCUGGCCAAUCACGGGGUUGUUCAACUGUUCACCACACCUCAUCCGAAGAGGGUGUGCAAGCAGACAUUCGCUUCCCAGUGGGCGCCGGACUUCCAGAGGAAACCCAGCGUCAUCGAGAAUGAUGACGGCAGCUUGAAAAAGGACUUAGAAAGCUUGACUGCAGCUUUGCAAGUUUUUGGUGAAGUAUCAGUGAAUGCAGAGAAGGAUUCUACUCUAUCAGAACUGAGGCCCCGCUCCCGCACAGGUGACGGUGAGCAGAUUAUCCUACCAGAUAAUUACAACCCACUUGCCCUCCUGGAGAGAAUUGAGAACCUGUUUGAAUAUUCCUCCAAGACCAUGCUGAAACUUCCUCAGGAGCAGCUUGUCAGCGCUUCACCAAAGGAAGACCCAUAUGAGAAGAUCCUGACUUGUACCAUGCAAGAGUUUGGGUGUCUGAUGGUGGAAGUCUUCAUGGCCCACAAGCUUCGGAUGAUCAGCUCCACAGCCUCCCUAAAGGAGAGGUACCAGGUCAUCAGGCAGCUCACUAUGAGAGAUUGGAAAGAGAUACCAAGACCUAUUCGCCAAGCUGUUCUCUAUUUGCUAGAACCUUCCAGUCCCUGGGACCCCGAGGAGUGCCAAGAAAGCGGGCCACUCUUCACGUACAAACCAUACACAUUCAGUGACCUUCCUAGCCCGACACCUGGGCUACUUCUUCACCCGGUCAUAAGUCCACUCCCGUUUCCUAGCUACUUCAAGGAUCUCUUCGAAGUUCUCCAGAAGUUGCACAAAGAAGAUGAACGUAUUGCUCAGAUUGCCGAAAGUGACUUGAAGUUGCAGGGGAAAAAUCUGCAGAUUCUGCAACUUCAGCGGGAGAAGGUUUACACGAUGAGUGAAUACUUGGUUGUCGUUUUGAGUCAGUGUGGUCAAGAAGGCAUUGAUCUCAUCCUUCCAAAUGUGAAAGAGAUGUUUGAUAACUUGGACACUACUGUGCCUGCGGCGUGGGCCCUGUUCAACCAUAUUGCUCGAGCCUUGGGACCAAAGGAGACAGCUAAUCAACUAUUGCCGUCAUUGAUGCGUUUGUAUGACGGGGAUUACUCUACGCAAAAGCAUCUGAAGCUGUACCAUCGGUCGUAUCUAAAACAGCUAAUUAUCCGUCUCGGCCUGCAGACAUUCCUUGCACACUUUUCAACGCUGCUUAUUGAAGCUGUCGCAGGAUACAAAGACUUUCCGGGCGAAUGUGAUAUGUUGGAUUCAGGAGCUAAUGGAAAUGAUCGAGUUGAUUCCCUAAUUACCCCCCGUACUCCUGUGGCAAAGCUUUCCAAUGCAGAAAUUGAAUCAGAGCUGCAACGACAACUGAUAGAAGCACAUUCCAAGGUCAGGCGAGCUGAUUCGAAUCAUCUAGACAUACUAGUCGAAGUUACUGAAAAGGACGGUAUCUCUCCUCCUGCAUCCGCUACCGUAGAGACACCAAAUGAGACUUCCCCUGAAAGCUGCGAAUAUGAACUUGAUGAUCACUUAGCAGAUAACAUUCUGUUAGAAGCAGAGACAAUGCGAUCACUUUCACCCUCGGACAGGGAACGGAAUCUGAGUGAUGCGGGAAGUUUUGGAGAAGCUCCUUUAGACAAAUUAGGUCAGGAUGAGCAGAGUAACUCUAGCGAGGAAAAAAUAAAAGAUGACGAUGACAGUGAUGAGUCUGAGGAUGCCCUCUCUCAGAGCGUUGGGAGACUAUCUGUUCAUAGCGUGUCGAGGUUAAUCGAUUCUAGUCGGGAGCGUCAUGAGUCUGGGAGCAUUGGGAGCAUGGAUGGAGAGAUACAGGAGAGGCGAGAGUCUUCAGUGUUCGAUGAUGAGAUGGAGAUGGAUGAUAUUGUCGAUAUACCCAGUACUGAUGGUGAAGAAACAACUGGCAGCAAGGAAAAUGACAAGUUUUCUGAUACAGAAGAUUUAGACGCCGUGGAUGAAGAAGACAUUCUUGAUGGUGAUGACAUGAUUCGUGUGUCCCGUCGAAUCGUUCGUAGCGAGACGGAAGAAUUCACCGCAAGUCUGAUGGAGUCGACUAGUGCAGCCGAAUGCAACAUCUGCGACGUUGCGGCAGAUUCUGUGAAAUGGUUCUCCCACAAACUCGGCCCACUUCUUACGGCAAAGUUCCUGUCACGAAAUCUGCUGCGAAUGCUGGCGCUGUGUUAUCUUGGAGAUGAACAGAUGGUGUUCAUUCACGUUCAGGAUGAUGCGAUGUCUGCGAGUCAUCGAAAAGUGGUCGGAGAUCAGAACGCAUCUCGCAUCCUCGACUGUCUCUCUCACAUCGCGAUUCUUUAUGGCGAACAGGUCAUCAUGUUGCAGUACCUCCCGCACGCCAUAGAGAUGGUUGCCAUAGCACAGAGGAAGCUCAACAGUCGGUCGGAGGCUGGACUUGUGGGUGUUCUGUCGCUGUUGACCCAUAUCUUGCCUUAUCUGUCCGACACUACGUUAAUGGAUAACCUAGAGGACAUGAUCUUUAACAACAUCAUGCUGCCCCUCCUACGCCUAGCAUCCUCUGGUAGCGUCAGUUUCCCGAGUGGAGGCCACGCACGAUCCGUCAUUUGCUACAAAUUCAUCGAUGUCCUCUAUUUGAUUGGCCUGAGAAUAGGAUUUGAGAUGACACGCAACCACAUGACGCCAAUGUUGACGAGAUUUUUCGCGUCGUUUGACCGAGUGUUCAGUUACAGAACACCUUCAUCUGAAACUGAGGAGACAGUGGGUGCUACUUCCAAUGGGCAGGCUAUCAUGUCUGCUUCAGAACCAACGUCAGAUCUUCUCGAAGACAACGUGUUUUGUGAGAUAAAGAUGGACUCAAAGACGAAGGAAUACAAGAUCGGAACGCCAGUACGACUGGAUCAGAUUGCCGGCUCACAUGGCUCAUUCCAAUACAGCUUAUCUCCUCCUGUUUCUGAGGAAAAAGACGAUGACAACCACAAUACACCAACUGCUGUUAUCAACCCAAGGGACAGAAUCUCUGAUGAAAUGAAAUGGACCUUCACUCCUGAGCUUGCCCACACCGCCUACAUUCCUUUCUGUAAGCUAGCUGGCGGCAUCCACAUGGAACAGAACCUACUUAACGAUGACCUGAUUCGCCGCCUGUGUGCCAGCCAUGAUGAAGCACUAUCGAAGCAGCAGGUUGAGAAACAAGACAGGUUUAGCGAUGAGGAAAGCAGCUGUGCCGGCACUCCAACUGUAAACUGGUUUGUUGAUUGGGGUACACCUGUUGAAAAAGUUACCCUGAAUUCCCAAGUGAUGCCGGAUCAAGAUGAUGACCUAAUCAGCAGCGGAAGUUUUGGCCAGAAUGUUGCACUUGAAGGCAAUAAGAUCACCAUUCAAGAGGGAGCACCAAAAGAACAAGACCCUGAUGUGACUGACGGUCCAAUGGGGCACAAAGUCUUCGAACUUCCUAACCCUGCACAACUGAAGAGUACAGAGAUAGAAAAGAACAAGACCCGUCACUUGAAAGGAAACUGGCUUGCUUAUUGGGAGCAUGAAUUAGGUCUCGAUGAAAAGGGCAGCACAUUCAACUUCAAACAGAUCAAGCUGCAGACAUAUUCAGGUCAUACGAACAGUGUCCGUGCCAUCUACUCCAUGGACAAUGAGAAUUCCUUCAUCACUGCAAGUAAGGACAAGACAGUGAAACUUUGGGCAAUACGCAGCAAUGGUGAUGGAAGUAUGAAGUCUGGUUGCCAGUGGACGUAUACCGCCCACAAGAAGUCAGUCUUCGCUGUGACAUUCUUAGAGUCGAUACGAGUGGCGGCCACGUGUGAUAGCACUGUCCAUCUGUGGGAUCCAUUUGUUGGGAUGGGCAUUAAGGUUUUCGAGACGAACAAGAAUGCGCCAGUCACAGUCCUGGCUCCCAUGCCUGCUCCAUCGGCCAAUCUUAUUACUGCAACAACAGAUGGCACUCUCAGAUUCCUUGACGUUCGUAUGACAAGUUACGCCCAGGAGUUCAAGUGUACCAUGGCCCAAGCAGGAUUGAUCCGCUGUGUGACAGUCAGCCCCAACAGUAACUGGGUUGCUAUAGGAUACUCAACUGGCAUCAUCUCGAUCCUUGACGUGAGGACUGGGUUGCUGCUGGGGACUUGGAAAGGCCAUGAAGGAGAGAUACUACAGAUUAAAGCCUACAACAGCAAUAGUUUCAUAACCUCAUCGUUUGAUCACACCAUGUCAUUAUGGGGAACAGACGAUGGAAAGAUCAUUUGUAACUUCAAGGGUCAGACAGAACCAGUACAUUGUUUCAGUUUCUACAAGAACGAGAUUAUUUCAGCUACGACUGGCAAUCGGGUUGGGGUCUACACAUCAGUCAACAGUCAGGCGUCCUUUUCUAGUACCAAGCUGAGAUCAGAUACUUUCAGAGGAGUCCUGACGACCAUGAAUAUCUUGCCGCUCAAUCGUUUCCUUCUCCUAGGUGCUGAUAAUGGAACAGUCCGAUUGCUGUGUUAGUUUGGGGUUCUGGGACUCGCGAGGAAUGCUCCAAUUGCUCUGUCAGUAAAUGCUUUUGAGGGAGGGUCAAGGGGAAGGGGAUUCAUAAUUUCAAAAAGUAAUGUUCAGCUGUAGUGGAGAGGCUUUGUCAGCACCAUCAAGAAUUACUUAAGACUAGUCUUUGUUAAUUCUUUGUACCAUCUUAUGAUAAUCUCUUGCCACAUAUAACAAAUUCGGUGCUGCUACGAAAUUUGUUGCAUGGCUUUCCCAAGGUUAAGGUGUACUGUAUUCUAGUCACUGAUUGUUAUAGGAAUCUAUAUGUAGUGUAAGAGACGAUGGG